UUUGAGGACCCAGUUAAUCCCGCCCCUGAGCCUUAAAUAUCCAAGAUGGCGGCGGUCUGUUUGUCCCGGUGACCAGAUACCGUGGAUGAUAGGAUGCUGAAGAAUACCGGCUACUUCCGGGGGCUCGAAUGUCCAUUUAGGGAGUGUUGCCGGCGCCCGUACUGUCACUUUAGGCACCGGGGGAGGGCGGCCGGGAACGUAUUUACUGAAGAGGCCCAAGUCGGGGCGGAAUAUGACCCAUACAGUCCAGAGCUUUCAACUGUGCCAAGUAGUGCUAAUGAUGAAGUACUGGGAGCUAUUUCUGACCCAAGAUUGGAUAUUCUGGAGCUGGAAAGAGUCAACAAAGCUAUUGAGGCAGUAAAGAGUGAAGUGGAGAGAGAACAAAGAAAAUAUAAGGAGUUACUUGAGACAAAUAAGGAGUACAAUGCGUCCCCAAGCUUCCCUUCAGAGACUGAUGCGUAUUCUCCAAUGGAAUACAACCCAGGAAGCUGCAGAAAUGGUACAACAGACUACAAUCCCACACCGCUGUCAAAACCAGACAAAGUAUUUUGCAAAUAUACCCUGAACGAUUCUGGUGAAGGGAACAGCAAGGGUAGGUUUAUGGAGUAUGUUCCAACUGCAGUUGCACCGGUCUCUAAAUACAAAACAAACAAGUAUGUAAUUGAUAAUUCUAAACCACCUACAGACCUAGAAUAUGACCCCAUGUCUAACUACUCAGCUAGACUUUUAAGCAAAGAGAGAGAGCACAAAGGGACCAAAAGAUGCAGACUGGAAAAUCAGGAAGAAAUGUACUCUCCAACAGUCAAGAAGGUUUGCAGCAAAGUCUCUGAAAAUGUAGUUGAAGCUCAGUUUUCGGAUUCUGAUGAGGAAAAUGAAUCCCAGUAUUCUCCAAUUCAAGACAGAAAACGUACAUCCAAAAUGAAAGAGGAAGUCUUGCCCAUAGAGAGAGCCAUCAAAGCUGGUGAAAAAAACAGGAGUUCUGGAGAAAUGAAGGAAAUGGCUGUACAGUACAAUAUGGAAGAUAUUGACCAACUGGUUAAUACUAUCCAAAGCAAGGUUUCAUUUGUUAGCAAGAGUGGCUCAGCCAAGGAGGAGAAGAAAGGGAAAGUACAUAAUUUUGUAAAAAAAAAAACUGAUACAGACACUGGUAUUAAUAAAGCUGAUAAAGAACCUGUUCCACCAAAACAAAAAACAGAGACCCGAAAAACAGAGAAGGUUAAAUCCAAAAAUCAUAAAACAGACAAGAACAUUUCAGUUAAACCCUCUGUAGACUCAAAUAAAAAGAAGUUGGAAAAAAAGUUCAGCAAAGAGAAACCAGUUAAAUUUGAAAAGGAUGCAAAGGGUGAUGUGAAAAAUGGAAAAUAUAAUACAAAGGUUACAAAGAGUGAAACGGCAGAAAAGUCUAAGACAUCUAAAGGACUUCUAAAGGCUAAGUCAAAGCAAAGGUCCCUCAGUCAUGUGGAUUUAUUUGGGGAUGAGAGUAGUGAGGAGGAUAUCAAAGAGAAAAAAAAACGGUCACGUGAUUCUAGAGCAGGUUCCAAUAAAGGAGGGCAUAGGGACACCGAGGAGCAUUGCAGUAUGCAGAAUAGCAAGGUUCUGCAAAGACCUUCUACAUCAUCUGAAGAUGAGAUUGAUUACUCACUGGUAGAAAAAGAGGCGGAUUCUGACUCUGAUCCAAUGGAGGAGUGUCUGCGGGUAUUUUAUGAGUCUCAAGAUGUAAAGACUGAGGACAAGGGCAGAAUGGCAAACCAGCCUCAAGUGCAAAGCAAGAUAUCAGAAGAGACUUUUACCACUUUAUUUCCUGGACAAAAGAGGAGAAUUUCUCAUGUCACCAACCCACCUAAUGAAGAAGUUCCUAGCAAGCCUGUAAGCCUAUCGUGCCGCCGCCCAACACCUCAAGAAAUGUGCUAUCUACGAAUCCAGCGGGCACAGGAGCAGGCAAUGCAGCUUCUUGCACAGCAGGAAGUAAAAAAGCUGACAAGCAUUGCGCCUAAAACAUCACUGUCGCAGCCAGGGGCAAAGAAGAGAAUUGCACAUGUGCCUGGUUUGCCCUCGCCUAAUAAUCAGGCAAUUUCCCCAGAGAUAAAGGACACUGCUUCAAUUGGUAUGGUUUCAUCGCCCAGUGGUUUAUCCUCUGCAGUAAAGACUCGAACUCUGUCUGGCAUGGCAUCCAAAACCACCACCACAUUAGUGCAAAAGAGACAGGCACAUGCACCAUCACUACAGAGUGCCACCUUGAAGAGACCAGUCAUUCCCACUGAAUUUGGUGCUAAAGUUCCAACUACUAUACGGCAGCGUUACCUCAACCUCUUUAUUGAUGAGUGCAUAAAGUUAUGUGUUUCUCAACAAGAGGCAUUUGACAAGGCUCUCUUUGAGGAGAAAGGGGUCUAUAGUCGUAGCACUAGUCGUAAUAUUUACCUGAAUGUGGCAGUUAACACUUUGAAGAAACUGAGAAAUCAAGGACCAAGUAACAAAGCAUCUUCAUCUAAAAGCAUGAACAAGAAAGCUGUAUCUCAUGAAUCUAUCCUGGGAGGAAAGCUAGCAGCAAAAAACAGUUUUUCUGUGAAGAGUAACAGUGGUCAUCGAGAGGAGAAAUUUUCAGAUGCUGUUUUGUAUACAAAACUGAAAGAAUAUAUGCUAACUGAAGAGCAAAUGCAAGAGCAUGGAUACCCGAUGGCUCACCCUGAUAAAGCUGGAAAAGCCAUGAUUUUUAACACAGAGGAAAAGAGGAGCUUGGAUUCUUCCUGCAGAGUGUGCUGUCGCUGUGGAGCAGAGUAUUCGGUGUCCACUAGUGGGAAAUGUGUGCGCAGAGAGGAAUGCAUCUAUCAUUGGGGUCGCCUACGCAGACAGAGAGCGCAUGGCGGUUGGGAGACUCAUUACAAUUGCUGCUCUGGAGCUGUUGGAUCUACUGGAUGUCAAUCAGCCAAACAACAUGUGCAUGAUGGCCGGAAGGAGAACUUAGAUGGAUAUGUGAAGACAUUUGAGAAACUGCAGCCUGCUGACGGCAAUCCUGGGAUUUUUGCAUUGGAUUGUGAAAUGUGUUACACCACACAAGGCCUGGAGCUGACCCGUGUCACAGUCAUUAACUCAGAACUUAAAGUUGUAUAUGACACUUUUGUUAGACCGGACAACAAGAUUGUGGAUUAUAACACAAGGUUUUCUGGGGUGACAGAGGAGGAUUUGCAGAAUACUACAAUGACAUUGCUGGAUGUACAGGCUGUCCUGCUUUCCAUGUUUAGUUCUAAAACGAUCUUGAUUGGUCACAGCUUGGAGAGUGACCUAUUUGCACUAAAGAUUAUUCAUGCCUCAGUAGUAGAUACAGCCAUAGUCUUCCCCCAUCGUUUGGGUUUGCCAUACAAGCGGGCUUUGAGAUCACUAAUGGCAGAUCACUUGAAACGUAUCAUUCAGGACAGUGUGGAGGGUCAUGACUCCAGUGAAGAUGCAUGUUCCUGCAUGGAGCUCAUGAUCUGGAAGAUAAAGGAAGAUGCUAAAGUGAAACGAUGAUUCUUGCACAACAAACAUUAUUUCAUGACAGACUGAGCCCUCAAAUGGAGGAACUGAACACCCGCAUCAAGGACCAAAUUUGGAAUAUGGAAUGGCCCUAAAAUUUGUUUAGCAGUUUUAUUGCCGAGGCUACUUGUUAACAUAGUAAUGAAAAAGUUACUGUACAAAUGGUAAACUCAAAAUGUUGGACUUGGAUCACCCAGUAACAUAAUUUCCAACAAAAUCUUAGUUAGGAAAUUGACGUUCAGCUGGUGCUGAAUGAUUUAUUAAAGUACUCGGGGAAAAGUACUGAAAAAUGAUAGUCUAUUUCAUUAAGGGCACUAGGGCAUUUUAAUUUCUGCCACCCAGUGUGAAAAGCAUUGCAUUGAUGCAAAUUGGAAGUUUAAUAAGCUUAACCCGAACACUUUCCAUUCAAAUCACAAAAGUGAUCCUCUUCAGGUAGUGGCCAUUUUGGCAGCCAUAGCACUAAAGUGUUCAAACAAAUUCAGCAAUUGUUUGCUUAUUUAUUACCAUAGAGGCUGAAAAGUGUGGAAGUAAGCCACCUCCUCUUUUUGCUUUAUUUUUUUUUUUUUUCAAAAGCAGUUUUUACGUUAAGUGUUCGUAAAGCAAUAUGUAUAAAAAUACUCAAGGUAUUAAGCAGGCUGCAAAACCUGAAAAACAUUUUAAUUAUGCAAAAUAGAAAGCUGGUAAAAAACAAAAUAAGAAAACUUACCAGGUUAAGCUAAACCACCCAUUUCUGUUUAUUUUAGGUUGUAUUUAAUUUAUAAACACUGUUUUUGUACUGUAAGGUCAGCACAUUUAUACCAUAUCUAAUGUGUUGCUGUUAAGGUCAGCUUUAAUUAAAAUUUACAUGAUAACUA